AAAUUGCCUACUCCUGAAGUAAAGAAAGAUGGAAAUCUUCGAUUCCCUUGGGCUGAGAAGAUGAACCCAUCUGCCAGGAACCUCUACAAAACAACAUCUCCCACAUACUUGGAAGAUGGUACUCCAAUGGUAACAAUCCCGAGCAAACUUCUGCUUCAUGGUCCUGAAAAUAAGAAAGAGUAUAUUAUUGGCCAGUUUCAUCGCUGUUCUUUUCUGUCAGGUGGGCUUGUUCAUGUUGUAGUUAAUAGGAUUUGGGGUAAGAAAUGCAGAAUCUUUUCUAGGAAACUAGGUGAUUCUUCUUUUUUAUUCCACAUUCCAGAUGUAUCUACACGUUCUUGGAUUCUUCAGAGGGGAUUAUGGCAUGUGGAUGAUUGCUUGAUGUUUGUAGCUCCUUGGAGUCCUGCAGCUUCAUUAUCUCUUCCAGAGAUUUCCACUAUUCCAGUUUGGGGAGCUCCAAUGCUGACAAAUAAGCCCAGACUUGACCCUACUCUCAUGGGUGAGGCAAAAAUCUUGGUGGAAGUUGAAUUGGACAAGCAAUUCCCGCAGAAGAUCGCUUUGAAUGACAAAAGGGGUACUAUAUCAUUGGUUGAUGUAGAGUAUUCGUGGAUCCCAACAAAGUGUGGUAAGUGUGGACACUUAGGCCAUAAAGACUCAAGAUGUCUGCAAAAAUCUGCUCAGCCUAGGAACUCGAGUCAUCCGUCUAAUGAUCAAAUAGGAGCUUCGCUUGCUUCUGCAAGUGUUUACCCUUCUGUUUUAGUCCCUGAAGUUGCUACAGAUGAUAUGAGUAUUUCUGCUUCUGUUACUGUGGCAAGGACUGAUUCAGCCAUUAUUCCAACAGUCUCUCCUCCAGUUGCUGCCGUUGCGUCAGUCACAAGAACUCCAGUUGCUGCAGUAGCGUCCAUCACAGGAACUCCUGUUGUUUCCGCUGCAUCAGUCACAGAACAUGUCCCUACUUUAAUGGCUCCCUCACCUACUGUGAAUAUUGGUUCAGUCCAUGUCCCAUCCACUUCAGUCUCGACCACAGUCAUUCAAGCCAUAGAAGCAUUACCUACUACAUCAAUUGCUACUCUAAAGUCUACAUCAGUAUCUAGCCUCUUCACCUUCAUCCUUUUUUUAGAUCCUCCCUACAAGUACCGAGUCAGAACCAUCUACUCCAGCCACCAUCUUUAAAGCAACAACAACAGCAACAGCCACUCCUUCUAGCAAUUCAGCCUUGUCUGAAAAUGCUCCGCUUAAUACAGACCAUACAACUACUUUGGAAGAUCUUCCAGCCACAGGGAGUGUUUUUUUUAACGCCCCCACCCGAAGUUUCAAGUGAUAUUCCACCAUAUUCCGGAGGUUUGUCUUUUACUCCUUUCACAGGUGAUUGCACAGGUUAUUUUAAUGAAUUUGAAAUGGCCCAACGAUCACGACAUGGAAGAGAGCUGAAACCAUCUCAGAAGGUCCAAGAUAUGCAGUGGCAAACAGUAAGAGGUCGCAAAAGCCGGGGCUGCCGAGGCAGAGGUCGUCACGGAGACCAACACUAAAGUUAUUUAGUGAGCUAAUCUCUCUCUCAAUUUUUUCAAAUGCUUAGAGAUUUAUGCUGUAAUUCUCUAGCUCCAUAUGAUUUUUCAAUCAUCUUUCUUUCACAAGCUUUACUUUGAACUCUAUGAUGUCAAAUUCAUAGCCUUGUAACUUUAUUUUCAGCAUUGCAAUUUAAAUAUGAAAGCCUUUUACA